CGGCCCCUCCUCCAGCUCCAGCCCCACCCACCCGGCUUCUCUUCACCUCCCAGRCGCAGCACUCCCUCACUCAGCUCCCCCCACACCUAGUCUAGCUCGCAACGUCUCCACCCCCUCCCUACCAGCCAACGCUCAGACGUCCCCGGCUCUCGGGCAGAGCCGGCAGCGCGCUGGGGGCAUGCGCUCCAUGAGAGCUCUGCAGAAUGCACUGAGCCGAGCUGGCAGUCGGUGCCAGCGGGGAGGCYGGGGUCACCUGAGCCGGAGCCCCUUCCUUGGCUGGGGCGUCCGACACCACCUCAGUGAGGCAGCGGCACAGGGCAGGGAGACGCCGCACAGCCACCAGCCACAGCACCAGGAUCAUGAUGCAUCAGAGUGUGGCAUGCUGUCCCGCCUGGGUGAUCUGCUCUUCUACACUAUUGCCGAGGGACAGGAACGAAUCCCCAUCCACAAGUUCACUAGUGCACUGAAGGCCACCGGACUGCAGACAUCAGAUCCCCGGCUCCGGGACUGCAUGARUCAGAUGCACCACAUGGUCCAAGAGUCUAGCAGUGGUGGCCUCUUGGACCGAAAUCUCUUCCAAAAGUGUGUGAGCAGCAACAUUGUGCUCCUGACCCAGGCAUUCCGAAAGAAGUUUGUCAUUCCCGAUUUUGAGGAGUUCACGGGCCAUGUGGAUCGCAUCUUUGAGGAUGCCAAAGAGCUCACAGGAGGCAAAGUGGCGGCCUACAUCCCUCACCUGGCCAAGUCAAACCCAGACCUGUGGGGUGUCUCCCUAUGUACUGUGGAUGGACAACGGCACUCUGUGGGCCACACAAAGAUCCCCUUCUGCCUGCAGUCCUGCGUGAAGCCCCUCACCUAUGCCAUCUCCAUAAGCACCCUAGGCACUGACUACGUGCAUAAGUUUGUGGGCAAGGAGCCCAGCGGCCUGCGCUACAACAAACUCUCCCUCAAUGAGGAAGGAAUUCCUCAUAAUCCCAUGGUCAAUGCUGGUGCCAUUGUUGUCAGCUCCCUGAUCAAGAUGGACUGUAACAAAGCAGAGAAGUUUGAUUUUGUGUUGCAAUAUCUGAACAAAAUGGCUGGAAAUGAAUUCAUGGGUUUCAGCAAUGCCACAUUCCAGUCAGAGAAGGAAACAGGGGAUCGGAAUUAUGCCAUCGGCUAUUAUCUCAAGGAAAAGAAGUGCUUUCCUAAGGGGGUGGACAUGAUGGCUGCCCUUGAUCUCUACUUUCAGCUGUGCUCCGUGGAGGUCACCUGUGAAUCAGGCAGUGUCAUGGCAGCCACCCUUGCCAAUGGUGGGAUCUGUCCCAUCACAGGCGAGAGCGUUCUGAGUGCUGAAGCAGUGCGCAACACCCUCAGCCUCAUGCAUUCCUGUGGCAUGUAUGACUUCUCGGGCCAGUUUGCCUUCCAUGUGGGCCUGCCAGCCAAAUCAGCUGUGUCAGGAGCCAUCCUCCUGGUGGUACCCAAUGUCAUGGGAAUGAUGUGUCUGUCACCUCCACUGGACAAGCUGGGGAACAGUCAUAGAGGCAUCAACUUUUGCCAGAAGUUGGUGUCUCUCUUUAACUUCCACAACUAUGACAACCUGAGGCACUGUGCUCGGAAAUUAGACCCACGACGUGAAGGCGGAGAAGUUCGGAACAAGACUGUGGUAAACCUGUUGUUUGCUGCCUAUAGUGGAGAUGUCUCAGCUCUUCGAAGGUUUGCCUUGUCAGCCAUGGAUAUGGAACAGAAAGACUAUGACUCCCGCACAGCUCUACAUGUUGCUGCAGCUGAAGGACACACAGAAGUUGUUAAAUUUUUGAUCGAGGCUUGCAAAGUGAACCCUUUUGUUAAGGAUAGGUGGGGCAACAUUCCCCUGGAUGAUGCUGUGCAAUUCAACCACCUGGAGGUGGUCAAACUGCUUCAAGAUUACCAGGACUCCUACACACUCUCUGAGACUCAGGCUGAGGCAGCAGCUGAGGCCCUGUCCAAAGAGAACUUAGAGAGCAUGGUUUGAGAAUAACAGAUCAUGGACAGUCCCUGCUCAAGAAAAAAGCAUGUGCUGGCCACACACUUAAUCCAUAACUACCAAAAAAGUAUUAUGGAGAGUUUCUUCAGUGGGGACCAAGAAAGCCAUUUGUGACAUAGGCCAGUGCUUUCUAUGAGAGUUAAAAUACCCCUUUCCCCAAGGGAUACCACUUGUAGAGCUAUCCAUGGACAGUUUGCAUUAUGGUCUAAUGGCUUGGUCCAAUCAAAACCAUCACAGGUCUUCAGCCAAGUCCUCUCUUGAAGAAACCACACUUCGAAGGAAGGACUCUAGCUACCAUGCACAUGUAUAAAUCAGAGUGAGAGAAAGAGGGAGCCUAUGUACCCAGCCUUAGUAGUCUGGAAAGAUCAGUCCCCCUUGGCCAGAACCUGCUUGCUGCUACUGCUAACAGCAAUUUUAUAGACAGAGAAAGUAUUUUGUGCUCAAAUAAACUUUAAUUACACAAAUUACUUUUGUUAAACUCAGUCAUUCUCUUUUUCCCUCAGGGUAUUCCAGCUUUAUCACCAUCAUAGAAGGUAGAAUAAGAUAGAACACAGGGUCAGACAGAGCCCAAACAACACACAUUUCAUGUACAUAUUCACUUACUUCACCCUCAACCCCAAGUACGGUUUUAGGAUCAGUGUAUUAUGUUGCUAAGGGGAAUGAGUGUUUGAGUCUCAAUAGACCCCAAAAUGGACUAUGCAAAACCUUAGGCCGCCUUCCUUCCUCUGGAGUUUUAACUGUGUCAGAAAUGAAGAUGGAACUUCUUAAGAAUAAUAUUUCUGACACUAAUCCCCUAGAUUUCUCCCUAGUUCUUUUCCCUUUGUCACAGUUAUAACUGGCACAAUGAUUAUGAUGGAUUGGCUGGGUAUGGGAGGUGUACAAAUGAAGUUAAAUGGACUCAGGUUAAGGAUAGCUGCCAUCUGUGUGGAGCUGCSGGUCUUUGGCGCUGAGGUACUUGGGGGUUCUGUUUUCACUCUGACCCACUGAGUCAAUAAAGACUGAGGACCAGAGACCAGACUCUGUAGGUGCUGCAGAGGAAGGACCAAGUCACUGACUGCACCACUCCUCCAGCCAGAGGUAGAAAGGAUUUACUCUGGAGAGAUUUGAUAGAAACCCCAAAACAAACAAGUAACAUACAGAUAAAGGGAGAGAGAGGUAGCAUAGUGAAUAAAUUCAACCAAGCUAAAAGACAAGACCCUAAGACUGAAUAGUUUUGAGGGAUGGGAGGCACAGCAACUAAAGGAACAAAGUAUGGGAAACUAUACCUGUGGUGCCCAGGAAACCCACGAUAGUUUGAAGGAAACCUUGACCGUAUGCCUAGCUUUCACGGGGUAGAAAACAGAAAAUGACUAAGAUAUUGCACAGAGGACCCAUCAAUGAAUUGUGGGAGAUAGAGGUCUUCAUAUACUUUCAGUUGGAAACUGGCCAAGAGUAUGAUUAGGGACUCUAAUAAUGGACAUACUAGAGACCCUCUGGCACCUCAAGCCCAGAGUGGGUCAGCAGCUCUCCAUC